ACAAUCUCAGGUAAUAUGUUGUUCUCAUCAAAAUGCUUUUGUCAUCUAUUCCAGUCAGGCCGAAAGGAGACCGUUUUAGAUUUGGCAAAGUUUGUUGACAAGGGGGUCCAGGUCAAGCUAACUGGAGGGAGACAAGUAACAGGAACUUUGAAAGGAUACGAUCAGCUGCUAAACUUGGUUCUUGAUGAAGCAAUAGAGUUCCUUAGAGAUCCUGAUGACCCACUGAAAACAACGGACCAAACCAGACGACUUGGCCUAAUAGUUUGUAGGGGAACUGCGGUAAUGCUUGUAUCGCCAACUGAUGGAACUGAUGAGAUUGCUAACCCCUUUCUUCAGCCAGAGGGGGCCUAAGCGGUUUGCUCAGCUAUUCUUCCUUGAACUAACUGCCAUGUAAUCAUAUAUUAUUUCAACAGUGUGCUUGCUUGUGUUGGUUUUGCUAUGCUAGGAAAGUUGGGUGAGAAUUUUAUGCAAUAUCCACACCUUUCAUUGUCUUGGAAUGUCAUAGGGAGGAUAAUGCUAAAGCUUGGAUGAACAUUUCCUUUUGGUAUUUCUUUUCUGUUGCUCUCUGUGCUUGAUGUUUCAAAAUAUGAGAAACCACUUAAAAUCA